UUUUUGUGAGUGGAAUGUAUCCACAGACUGGAAAAAGUAAACCUCCCUUAAAGUGCGUGUAGUGACAAAUGAAGCAUGGUGAAUUAAAUUGAUGGCACCAAACACUCAAUGUCGAGUGAGGUUAGCAUGCGCCUGACAUUGAAUUAAGAUGAUAAAAGAGGAAGAAGGAGUGUCUUCUUCCGCGAACACCACAACAGAUGUGUAAUAAUGAAAGUAGGUAAACAUAGUAAAUAAACUGGAACCUAAAUGUCCAUUUAUGCAAGGGUGAUGCAACCAAUUGUUCUAUCCUGCACGCUGAAGGAAUCAAACUGUAUUCAUCGGUGGUUUCAUUGAAAAUGAGAACGUCGUUGGACAUCAAUGUCAAUGGACUUCUGCUGCUCUUAUGUGGCGUUAACCUGGUCGGCACACUUGGGUACAAGCCUGUCAUCAUUGUUCACGGCCUCUUUGACGGUCCUAAACAAUUCCUUAUGAUGAGUCGUUUGAUACAAGAGGCCCAUCCAGGUACCAACGUGUCAGUGAUAGAUCUGUAUGAUAACAUGGCCAGCCUGAAGCCACUGUGGGAGCAGGUGCAGGGCUUCAAAAAGUUGCUCUAUCCAAUCAUGCAGGAGGCAGAGAAUGGCAUCCAUCUUAUCUGCUUCUCCCAAGGUGGUCUGAUAUGUCGAGGACUUCUUUCUACACUUCGUGACCAUAAUGUCCAGUCCUUCAUCUCCCUCUCAUCACCACAGGCUGGCCAGUAUGGAGACACAGACAUUCUGAAAAUGUUUUUUCCUCACUAUCUAAAGGCCCGUGUUUUUCACGUGUGCUACUCUUCAGUAGGACAGAAAUGGUCCAUCUGCAACUUCUGGAAUGACCCACACCAAAGAGAACGCUUCCUGAAGAGCAGCAAUUAUCUGGCCCUGCUGAAUGGAGAGAGACCACACAGGGAAAUUACAGAGUGGAGGAAGAACUUCCUGCGUAUCAACAAGCUGGUGUUGAUUGGAGGACCAGAUGAUGGCGUGAUUACACCAUGGGAGUCCAGUCACUUUGGAUUUUAUGACAUUAACGAAACCAUUGUUGAGAUGAAGAACCAGGAAUGGUACGGUAGGGAUUCGUUUGGGCUGAAGACACUGCAUGCUCGUGGAGACCUGGCUGUGUUUGUGCUCUCAGGAGUGAAGCACAGCUAUUGGCAUUCGAAUGAGACCGUGUUCAGAGAUUGCAUAGAGGAGUGGCUGACAUGAACAUGCUCACGUUCACACAUACACACUAAAUAUAAUGUUCGCAGAAAAGGUUCUGCAAAUUGUCUUUGAUUGACAUGUCAUAGUUGUAUGUAGUGCCUAUUUUAUAUUUUUAUACAUUAUUGUUUGUCUGUGAUUAUGAAACAUUGAAAUCAAGUGUUUUUUUGUGCAGUAAUAGGAAAUACACUGAAUUUAACUCAAUUUCACAUGGUGUGUUCUUGCCCAAUGCUUCCACUUUUCUCCUGGUGAAUCAGACUUGUUUCUCUCUUUGAAUAAAUCUGUGUGAUAGUG